AUGAAGAUUGACAACAAGCUUGUUAAAAUGUCUUCAGAGUCUUCUACACACGAGACUUACACCAUUAAGUCAUGGCCAUGUAGUUAUUAUGACAACUCCUCAAGAAGAUGGAUUUAUGGGACUUUGUUUAUCAUGGGCAAUGGCAUAAGAUUUACAACAGAUCAUGAGAACACACUAGAUAUAUUAUAUUCUGACAUUGUUCAAGUGAAGAAGUGCAUGACAGGUUUAAUAUUUAGAGCCAUGGUGCUGGAUACAAAAAAUGGAACUAAACAUUGGUUUUCUUCAUUUUCUGAUAUUUAUAUAGUUGUGCAAUUUAUCAGCUUCUUUCUGAGGUCAAAAUUAUUACAGAAAAAGAAUGCUUCUACACAGGAUAAAACAAUAGAAGGUCGAACUGAAAUGGGACAAAAUCUACUGAGUGUUGCUAUUGACUCAGAGACAACACUGAGAAAUGCUGCAGAGACACUUGUUACACAGGGUCAUCAGUUCGAUUCUGCCAUGGCGACAAUGAUGGACCUUCAUUCAGACUUGGACGUGACAGAAAAUCUUCUUUCAGGUUUAGAAUCUUGGCUCGGACGCUGGUCACUUCCAGAAGAGUACAAAAGCAAUGACCCCCUAGUGGUUAGUGAUGCUGACCUCUCCAUGGAGGUGGAUUAUGAAAUUCUGUAUACAAAACUAGAACCAAACAAACUCAAUGCACAGAACUUAGGAAUCUUCAGAGUAGCCCAAGAUGGAAUUUAUCUGAUGACAGAAAAGCAGAAACUGGUACACUGCUUCAAGUGGAAAGAUGUGUCUCGGGUUCGGGUUGUUAGUUUGUGGGAAAUCACAGUGACCCAGUUUCAGAUAGGGAAAGCAGAUAUAUCAUACAGCCUCGUGUUUACAUCUGUGUAUAGCGUGCUUGGUAUCCUGGAUAAACGACUUCGUAGUAAAGUGGAAUACUCCCAGGAUGCCUUCAGAGGAGAUUCGUCAAAUAUGAAGCCACUUAGAAAGACAGUCAACACCAACUCUUCUACAGAACUGUUUCAUCAGAAAACUGACAGGUUAGACAAUAAUGUUUCUGCAGUCAGAAUUCCACCAUCUGGUGGUCACAUGACAGGAAAUUACCAAUCAAAUCCAGCAAUACAUCCAAGGGACCAAUCACAGCAAGUCUCACUACAGGCCCCUCAGAAGAUCGUAAGUGACCAGGAAGUGUCUGAGCUUAGUAGCAUUCUGGGAGAUUUGAAAUCUCUGGCUCUCGGAGUUCAACAGGAAAUGGUCGAUCAGGAUGAGAAGAUUGAUAAACUUAGUAAGACAGUGGAGGAGGCUAAUGUCAGGGUGGAGAAGACAGUAAAACGUGUUCAGAAACUUUUAUGAAUGCAUUAUAAUAGAUGUAUUUUUUUCUUAUACUCAUGGUGAUUAUAACUUGUAUGUUGUAUGCAUUAGCCAUGUACUUAAAGAGAAUACAUUUUUAAAUAC